CAGCAGCGGUAGCAUACUUAAUUUCCAGUAUGUUAGUAGGUUAAAAGUACUGAAUUUGUCAAGUAGGGCUUUUUUCAUACUUAAUUUGGAAAAUUUCCUACUUGAAAUAUUUUUUAACGUACUUACAACUCAUUUUCAUACUUGCAAGCACUAUCUUUUUUAAAUAUCAAGUAGUUUAGGGAGUUGUAAGUAUGUUCAACUAUUUGUAAGUAUUGUAAAUUUGUAAGUAUAUUGGACGAACAUACUUAUACCUAUUUUUCAUACUUAUUUUCGUCGUAUACAUACUUAAACAGCUAAUAAGAUACUUGUACUUUGUACUUGUACUUUUGCUCACUUUUGAAAUUUGAUUGAGCUUAGCCUAUAUAUAUCGACUACUGGAUUCAACUUGUUAGUCGACGAGGCUAGUGAUCCCACGUCCAUUGAAGAUGUGGUUGUUGCUAGUAGUAACACAACUGAUGGCGUCAGGGCUGGUCUUGAACAAUCAUCAGCUGAAGAUAGGCAUGAUUUUGAUCACGAACAACAACCCCAACAUUUUGGCCAGCAAAAUUUGGUUCCUGCUGCUCAUCGUGAAAUUGAAUCCCUCCUUUUCACUCAUGGUGCUGCGUUUAGUGAAUUUGAAUGGGAAGCUGGCUUGCUAUCUUAUGUUGCGACAAAGAUAUUUCCUGACCUACGAGGCCCUGCUCUUUGUUUCUCAGUCCAUCCAUGAGCAUUAUUCAAGAAAUAUGGCCAUCGUUCAGGAAAAACUUGCUGCCCUAUUUAUAUCUACUGAAGGAACUGGUAGUAUCGAGUUUAAAGCAGCUUUCCUGUAAAUCAUUUUUGU